AAUUCAAUCACAAUCACUACUUACAUUUCACUGUAUCUAUAUUUUUACACAUCUUUCGGUUUUUCAAUAUUUUCCAAAAGCGUGAGCUCCAUCUCACUGAACAAGUCUCGUAACAAUAAACAGCAAAUAUUAUUUUAUUAUUAUUUUAAUUGAAUUUUUGUCAAACUGAGCUGAAUUGACGGAGAUGAUGGAAGGGGAAGGGGGAGGAAUGAAGGCGGCGAUAGGAGUGAGAGCGAUGGAAUCGUUAGGGUUAGGGUUUGAUUUAGCGAGUGAUUUUAGGUUGAAGUUUGCGAAGAAGUGUCCGGAUUCUGCGGAUGGGAGAUUGGUGGUUUUGGAUGAUAGUAGUCGGAGAGAUGUUGUGCUUCCUGGCGGCGGCGGCGGUGUUAUUCGGAAUGUUCCUGAUUCUAUUCGGUGCGAUAAAGGCGAUCGUAUUCGAUUCAAGUCUGAUGUUCUCACUUUUAAUCAAAUGUCAGAGUUACUGAAUCAGAAAUCUUCAGUACAAGGAAAAGUACCUUCAGGAUACUUCAAUGCUAUGUUUGAUUUAAGUGGUUCUUGGUUAAACGACGCUGCAGAAGCAGAUCAUCUUGCUUUUGAUGGGUACUUUAUCUCUUUGUACUAUCUACACCUGAUAGCAUCUCCACUAGUACUGCAUGACAAGGUUAAGAAGUCUGUUCCUUCCCACUGGAAUCCUGCGUCCUUAUCAAGGUUCAUCCGAACUUAUGGAACUCACAUAAUUGUGGGGUUGGCUGUUGGUGGUCAAGAUAUAAUUUGCAUUAAACAGAGACCGUCCUCUGUAAUUCCUCCUGCUGACCUGCGAGGUUAUUUGGAGGAUCUUGGGGAUCAUUUCUUUUCAGAUGGGAGGAGUCCUCUACUAGAGAGGAAGACGAGAGAUGGAAAACAGAAGGUUCCCGAGGUUUUUAAUCGUAUGCUACAGCAGCAUACAAUGCAAUUCACCAGCAUCACAGAAACAUCAAGCAAAGAUGGCCUCACAAUUAUUUCAUCAAAAAGAGGAGGGGAUGUAUUUUCACAAAGCCAUUCCAAUUGGCUUCAGACAGUGGCUUCCCACCCUGAAGCAAUUUCUUUCAAACUUGUACCUAUUACUUCUCUCCUCUCCGGUGUUCCAGGAAGCGGCUAUCUUAGUCAUGCUAUCAACUUAUAUCUACGCUAUAAGCCUGCUCUGGAGGAUUUACAUUGUUUCUUGGAGUUCCAAGUCCCCAGACAAUGGGCCCCCUUGUUUUGUGAACUGCCUCUUAGGCAUCAAAGGAAAAAGUCUUCUUGCCCUUCACUGCAAUUUGCUUUCUUUGGUCCCAAGAUUAGCGUGAGCUCCACCCAGGUUGGUAGUGGUAAAAAACCAGUGGUUGGCCUCCGUUUGUUCCUAGAAGGUAAGAAAUGCAACCAGUUGGCAAUACAUGUGCAGCAUCUUUCUAGCCUUCCAAACAUGAUGGAGCUUGCUUCAGUUAACUCUUCUGUAGCAUGUCAAUGGCGUGGGUCAGAUGAUUAUGAAUCAAAUGAGCAAUUCUUGGAACCAGUGAGAUGGAAAAAAUUUUCAAAUGUGUGCUCAUCAGUGGUUAGGCAUGAUCCCAACUGGCUGCAAGGCCAAGAAUCAGGUGGUGCAUUUGUUGUGACUGGUGCUCAGCUUGUCAGCAAGGGGCAAUGGCCAAAGACAAUACUUCAUCUCCGUUUGCUCUUCACUUACCUACCCAACUGUACUAUUAGGAAGACCGAGUGGGCAGCUGCACAACAAUCUUCUCGAAAGUCAGGUUUCCUGACAAAUAUAAGUACAACCUUCUCAUUUACCCAGAGAGCUGUGACUGAUGCACCAAAGCAGCUGCCGGCUGCACUGAAUUCUGGAGUAUACCCUGAAGGACCACCUGUGCCGCUUCGUUCUAAGAAACUGCUUAGAUACGUAGAUGUGAAUGAGGUUGUGCGGGGUCCACAUGACACUCCAGGUCAUUGGUUAGUUACUGCUGCUAAGCUGGUUUCUGAUGGUGGUAAAAUUGGCAUGCAUGUGAAGUUUGCAUUAUUAGAUUAUACACCGGCAUAGUGAGCUUUUUGUCGCGGGAUAUGAAGUGGACUGCUGGGUAGAUCAUACUGAUGUGUUUCGUUUUCUGGAAUAUAUGAGGAACAUCAGUAUAUAGCGAGAUAUAUUUCUUAGUGUACAGAAAGAUGAGAGCGGGAGUGGCGACAUGGGGAUUAUGAACCUUUCCAGAGGUUAUCGUUUGGUAAUGAUUUAUGUCUUUUUCAAUGAUUUAUAAGAGUAUAUAUAUUGUAGAGGAAAUAUUAACCAGUUCUUGUGAAUGGAUUUAGUUGCAAGAAAAGAUCUGUUCCCUA